AUGAUGUCCAAUUUGGAGUCUGCCAUAAUUCCCCUGAAUAUGAUGGAGAAAUCGGUUGAUGACAUGUACGACGGCUGCAGUAAAGAAAUGGAUGAAAAGGUCAAGAAUGAAUACUUCCCCAGAGAGAUGAAGAAUAAUCAGCUAUUCAGAGAUGCAUGGAAGAAAACAGAGUCUUGUGUAAAUGACAAAUACAACAAGGACAAGGCCUUGACCAAAGAUCAGGUCCAGGCUUUAGGCGUCUACACUGGAAAUGACGUCUAUGGACCCUUUAAUGCAGCGGUUCGAGUCAGUGCAGACAAAUAUACCACUAGUGCAUUCAAAUACCACGCUUUACACUAUUGGCUGACUACUGCUUUACAGACUCUUAAUAAUAACAAAAUAUGCCGUACCACCUACAGGAGAAGCCGAGAUACAUUUACAGGUCAACUCGACCAAGAAAUACGUUUUGGUCAAUUCGCCUCCUCUUCAGUCAGUCCUGAUGUGGUAGAAUUUGGUAAUGAGACUUGCUUUCAAAUUGAGACCUGUUUAGGCGCUCCCAUCAAUGAAUAUUCAUGCUAUAGUACUGAGGAUGAGGUGUUAAUCCCUCCCUAUGAGAAAUUCAAGAUUAUGAAAAUUGUGCAGAAGUCCUAUGAACAGUUGGAAAAUUGUACAACGAUCUUUGUUCUGAAGCCUGUGGGGCACAAGACGAACCUCAACUGCAAGGCUGCAUAUGUGCAAGCCUGGUUCAGAGCCAUAAAAAAAAGAAAUUGAAAAUGUUUUAAACUCAAUUAAGCAUUUUUCCCCUGAGUGUUAGCAGUGUAACAUUUGUACAAGAGCUGGCUGAAACUGAUUCUCACUUUUGAA